CUAUGAUUCUAUGAUUCUAUGAUUCUAUGAUUCUAUGAAUGCCUCAUCUCAAAUGGGAACAUCUCCAACUGCUAAACUGCAGAAAGUAUACAAUGUGGGAUGUUAGAAGAAAGGUGCUGGUGCCCUCAGUUAAGAGCUUUGAGGCUGCUGGGAAUAAGAUCUUCCCUCCGGAAAAGCUGUGUCUUCUGCACCUUUGGGUUCACCUGCCCUCCAGAAGGACAUGCUCUGCCUGGUAAUCUCCACUCCUGGCCCCAGUGUGCUCUGGCCAUCCAAGAAACAAUUCUGCUUUCUGUAAUCUCCUCCCAAAAGAUUUAUAUCUCAUGCUUGGUGUUUGGAUUGAAAAAUCUUUAUUAUGUAAGAGAUCGGAACUGGCAAAAGAGAAUUAGUAGCAAAUGAAACUCCCUUCCCUACCCAGCAUAUUUUGUAAUUGAUUCUCUUGACAGACCCAGUCGACGCCCUCAUGCUAACAAUGUGCCCUCUCAUACCAGCUACUAUCAUCUGGCGAGAGGUGCAAGACUGUCCCACACCUACAGUUGGCAGAAGGCAACUAUGCUAUGUUAGGACUGUGUCUUGGGGGUGGGAUUGCCCUGGGCAGCAGUUCAUGGGGGGAGCGGGCAGAAGAAAGCUGCCAAAAUGCUCCCAGUCUGUGGUGUCCAUUGCCUGCAGGUCUGCAGACAGCAAAACAGAAAUCUGUCUUGUAGGGAGCCUGCUGCUUGGCCAAGUUUGGGAGAUGCAAGGGAGAGCCUGUGGGAGAAACUGGGUCCAGUCCUGCAAGGAGCAAUAACAAGCAGGCCUGGCUUUGAGGACUGCCACCACAGCACAUUUGCACACUGUAAAUCAACUGCCAGUGCUGGGCAAAGCUGACAGCCUUUGGAAAUGCUCCUAUGGUGUCAGAGCACUGACUGCAUUGAGCACGCCCUACUACAGACACUGACAGGGCUGCAGCCACAGCUCCAGGCAACCUUGAAAACCUCGCAGCCAGAAUGGGCCCACGCAGUCCCUGCCCAGGGUUCUCCUCCCUGUGUGUGGGAAGCAGCACUUGUACAAGAAGCUCCAGCCCACAUGCAAACAGUGUGAAGCGACCUGGGGCCAAGAGGCAGAUGACUGUCCUCACAUUGUACCGACCUGCCUCCCGCUUCUGGCAGAGGUGGCUCUCCUGGACCAACCCUGCUCUGCAGCCCCUACAGCACCACAGCCCCCUGCAGAUCCCUGGGGUGUCCCCGGCCCGCGGCCUCUCUUCCAUGGCCGCCACCAUCCGCUUUUCGCCAGCCACCCGCAGCCUCUUCGAUGAGCCGCUGGGUAUCGCCGUGCAGGGCCUCGGCCCGCGGCAGCAGGUCACCCUGCGGGCGUCCUUGCGGGACGAGGCGGGAGAGCUGUUCGAGGCCCACGCGCGGUACCAAGCGGCGGAGGAUGGGGAGCUGGACCUGGCCCGCUGCCCCGCGCUGCCGGGAGGCAGCUUCAGCGGCCUGGAGCCCAUGGGGCUGCUGUGGGCGCUGCAGCCCCGCAAGCCCUUCUGGCGGCUGGUGAAGAGGGACGUGCUGACCCCCUUCCGCCUGCAGCUGGAGGUGCUGGAGGGCCACGGGGACGGCCCCGGGCGGCUCCUGGCCCAGGCCCAGCACGAGCGGGCGUUCCUGCGGGACGGGAUGCGCAGGGUACCGGUGCGAGAGGGGAAGAUCCGGGCAACGCUCUUCCUGCCCCCCGGACAAGGCCCCUUUCCAGGAGUCAUCAACAUAGAGGGACUUGGAGGAGGUCUUUGGGAGCACAGAGCCAGCCUGCUGGCCAAUCAUGGCUUUGCCACACUGGCCCUGGCUUAUUACCAGUAUGAGGAUCUGAUUCAGAAGCCGACCAAACUCCAUCUGGAAUAUUUUGAAGAGGCAGUGAACUACAUGCUGCAGCACACACAGGUAAAGGGACCGGGGAUUGGUCUGCUCGGUCACUCCAAAGGAGGUGAUCUGUCUCUUGCCAUGGCUGCCUUCCUGAAGAAUAUCACAGCAGUGGCUUCCAUCAAUGGCCCUGUGGCCACUACAGCUUUUCCUCUGGGCUACAAGGAUAAAACUAUCCCCCCUUUGAUAUGUGAUGAACAGCGUGCCAAGGUUUAUGAUGACAAUAUCCUUGAUUACUCUGAAGUCAUUUUUGACCCCUUUAAAGCCCCUGGCAACCAAAGCCUAAUCCCACUAGAGAAAGCUGAGGCACAUUUACUAUUAAUCGCUGGACAAGAUGAUCGUAUUAUCAACAGUAAGUAUUAUGUCACUGAAGUCUGCAAGUAUUUGCAGGCUCAAGGGAAGGAAAAUGUUCAGACACUCAUUUACCCCGGAGCAGGGCACUACAUUGACCCUCCCUUUUCACCCUGUUAUCCAAUAGGAAACCAUCCCCUUUAUCAAAAACGAGCUGUCCUGGGUGGAGAGCGCACAGCUCAUUCUAAAGCACAGGUUCAUGCUUGGCUACAGAUACAGGCUUUUUUCUACAAACAUCUAAAUGACAAGUGAUGUGUAUACAAGUAACACACAACUUUGAACAAACAGAUCUGAUGAAUUAUUUUACUUUUAUCAGGUCAACUCUCUUUUGCAGCUGUACCAAUACAGCUACGGUGUCUUCAAUGACUUUGCACAACCAUAACUCAGAAAAGAGUUAGGUUUUCUUGUUCACUUUUACCCUGAACAUUUUUGCUCAAGUGUCAAGAAAAGGAAUGGAGAAUAGGUGAUAGGAAGAAAAGUUAUUUUUCUCAUCUGUUUUCUAAUUUUAUAUUUGACUGUGCUUUUCAAAUUACUGUGGCCUCCACGUGCAUAUACUAUCCACAACUCACACUUCAAGACAUUCCAAAUACUAAUUUUGGUGCAUAGAUUUCACCACUGUUAUGGUAAAUAUCACAAAUGAAAAUGUUUCUGAACUCUGAGAAUGCUGGAAGUGUGCAAUAAUGGAUUUUAUAGCGAGGAUGCCAUGGUGUCUCUGGCUAGCCCUCUGGAAGGGUUGUUUGUAUUCUGUUUCCAUCUGCCCUUCAGAAGAAAGUGCUCUGCUUCAUGUAUACUUCCAGCUCUAACAUGUAAUGCAAAAAGCCAUAUUUACAAUCAUCGUGCUCUUCUUCCAUAAAAUGCAGAAACUUUUCAGCUUUGUUAUUAGAGCUGGUUAAGGUCAGACUAAUUUGGGAACAGAGCUAGAGCAGCUCGAACAGGAACCAAAGGCAUGAGGGGACCCUCCCACUGAGUCACGAGAUUCAGAGCGAACCACCUUGCUUUCUACAUUCCUUUUGUUGGCCUAAGUGCAGCUAGAUCCAGUCUAAGUCUCAGACUUGGUCAGUGGUUCACAUCUUAGCAGUUUCUCCCAUCCACACACAUACAACUAACCAGAUAGUCACAAACAGUUGCAGACAAAUUGGAAUAAAUUCUCCAAACAAUUAAGACUUUACAUGUACCCCAAUAAACAAGAUCUUCCAACCAAAUUUUUCAAUUUCAAUUAAAUUUACUUCAUCUGUCUUUCAGGUUCUGGACUGACUUGUAUUUAAAGUCAUAAUGAUCAUGUUUGAGUACAGCAAAGAGCCUGCAAACAAUAUGAUAUCUUCACUGAUAUCCCAAUAGGGAUUGUUU